CACCCCGGCCCGAUCCACUCCCAACCCACCCCUCUCUCUCUCUCAUCCCUAAAAAACUCUCUCACGAACUCACCUGCUCCUCUCCCACGAUCUCCUCGCCGCCGCCACCACCCACGCCGGUUACGCGCAACACUCCCCAUGGAAGCCACCGCCGCCGCCUCCCUCGCGUGGACCCUCACCUCCUCGCCGCUCCCCCGCGGCUCCCGCCGUAGCCGUGGCGCCGGAGCGGCGGAGGAGGGGUAGGGCAGUGCUCGCCGCGGCGGCCUCGACGGGCAACUACGUGGUCCGCCAGAGAAAUUGCGCAGGCGGCAACGAAGCCCUGCGCAGGGGCGGCUAAUUAAGGGGUCGCCGGGAGCCCGUGAACCGCCGCGAGGGAUGCGAGAUCCCAGCGGGAGCCGGCGGAGGAGGGCCCGCCGGACUCGCCAAGGAGACGCCCUCCUCCAUGCGGGGAAUCACCUCGAGGUAAGAAGCAAAUAGCACAUGCAGGAGGUAAGAAGCAAACGAAUGUGUGUGCUCUUUCCUUCUUACCCUCGAGCCGACUCCCGGAACCGCAUCGAGUUGGAUUUCCAAUUGCACGCACCUACCUACAAAGGUUUGUUUGUUCGGGUCGAUUGUAUUACGAGUUCUCCAUUGCUGUGUUCUCAGAUCUGACCCCUGCUAUGAGAAUGAACAGGGACACAAAUGAUGAUUUUGUAGAGCGUGGUAGCCGAUUAAUUGUCCCAAAAUCAAAGUAGAUGUGCCACGCCGUAUUAGACUAUUUUAUUUUUCUGCAUUUUUUGGAGGUGUCCGGAAGAUAGAAUGUAACUGCAGAAUUCAACUACCGCAUUUUGGCGAACACCUAUUCGGUAGUUCAGAUGAACCAAGAUUAGAUCACUCACACCGGUUUUACAGGUUUUUCUUUUGUUCACUGUAUUUAAUAAAAUUGGCGACAAUGGAAGGCCUCUCGUGCAUAGAUUAUCUGAAACCAUUUCAAUGUAUGGCCGACUGUGGAAUCUUUCUCUCAUCCUAUGGUCAACUCUUGGGUUCUCACAGCCUCAUUUGCCUUACUAGCUGGAAAUGAUUAGCCUGAUGUAGUUUGUCCCCUCGGUUAUUUCACUCUGUUAAAAGAAUGUGCCUUUGUCAGGCCACUCUAAUUUAUACUGUUGUUGCUGAGGCAUACCCAAUUCUUGAUUAGCAACCUAACUUUGUCUUAAUCAGCAUGGUCAUCAACGAAUAGAUGAGCUAUCAGUUAGUAGCGGUAAUACGAGAAAAAUAAGGAACCGACAGAAAGGAUAGGAAGUAGCUAUCUGAAUUAGAAACCUGAUACAGUAGAAGAUAAUGUGUUUUGUUCAUCGGAGGUUAGUUUAUAUCUACGUGUUUUGUUCCCCUAUCUUCAAAUGUUAUGUAGUCACUCAGUUAGCAGUUUCUUAACUGUUGUAGUAAAUAAUUAAUUUCCAUAAUUGCUUCAUUUGCUCUUCUGCAGAAGCCCAGUUAUACACUUUACGCGAUGAAAUUCACAGCAAUACAGUUCAUCAACCUAUUUAUUGUGCCAUCUUGGAAUAAUGUUCGUGGAGUAGCUUAUCUCGUCAAGGCAACUCCUUAUCUUAAAAGACUCCGGCUAGAAGUUCAGUGAGUUUGGAACCGAUGGGGGACAACAGCAAAGUCUCUGAAGCCGAAGUUCAACCUCUUUGUCAAGCAGGUGUCCGCCAGCAUUGGGAUGGCAGAGCCACAAUUGAUAUCAAGUCUUUCAUUGCCUUUACCGUGUUUCUUAAAGCCUUUGGUGGUCUCCUUUUCAUCAUCAGCAGCUCGUUCGAAGCAUUCGUACCGGUCUCCGCCAGCAUUGGGAAUUUGGGAUGGCAGUGCCACACAUUGAUAUCAAGUCUGUCAUUGCCUUUACCAUGUUUCUUAAAGCCUUUGGUGGUCUCCUUUUCAUCAGCAACAACUCGUUCGGAGCGGUCGUACUGGGCAAUGGAUAAAAUCUACUCUGGAUAGUUGAAGAGGGAGUACAUGCUAAGUUGACUUUUUUUCCCUACGGAUUUGCUUAUCGUGAAGAUGCUUGCAAGGAUGCAAGAGGGAGCAGAUCAUUUGGAGAGAUAGGAUGCCACUGUUUGGUGUUUUUAUGUAUGUUGGUUUGCUUGUAACUGUGUUUGCACUUGCUGGAAGUAAGUGACUUGGCAAGAAGUGUAGGUGUUUUAAUUGAAGGCAUGAAAAGCCAUGACAAUAUGUAUGCUCUUACAGGAUGUGCUCUAAUGCCGCUGGUUUAUUAUAAAUCUUGGAUUAGUAAUGAUGUGUAA